AUGGCGUACAGCUGUCUGCUGUCGCUUGGUUUACGUUCGACGUUUCUCCUUGUUUGUUUACAUUAUGUACUCGGUGAUGUGUACAUGCACAAUCCAAGAGGCUCCAACGACAGAUUAAAUGCUAAUGGCCAAAACAGGCAGAAUGCGAAUCGUUUGUUUGACUCACAGGUAAGUGAAUACAUGGAUUUCACAACUAUAAGUAUAGUGCCAUUUAGUAUAAAGUCCAAGCUCUCUGCAUGUGAUAUGGAUUUCUAUCCUUAUUUUUAUUUUAUUUUAUUCUAUGUUUAUUUGAGGGGCAAGUUACUCGUACACUUUCACAAAUCCGACGUCCGCGUUAAAAGUCCCAAAAAUUCAAGUCAUGUCAAUAUACUUGACAUAGACGUUUUAACUUUUGAGUACAUUUUAAUUUGAUGUCAAUAGCACUCAAUAAAUACCAGGAAUGAAAAGAGCUGGUCAAUAUUAGUAAAUACACAAAACUUGGUGACUAUACAGUUUAAAAACUGUGGCACUAGUGUCCUUUCUAAAAACAGCCUCGAUCCUAUUGAUUUAGCUAGACGUAAAUGCAAUAGGGUCAAAUCGUUACCCACAAAAGAGUCAAAACUACCCCAAAAGAGUCAAAACUAGCCAAAAGAGUCAUUUUGGAGUCGCAUUUUACCCAAGAGCGACUCUUUUGGGGCGCGUUUUGAUGCUGUUUAUGAUUAUUAUUUAAUAGUGAUCAAAUAGUGGCCAAUUAAAAAAAUAUUCACAACUUACAUUAUGUUAUUCAGAACAAUGCAAAAGGUGGUUACAACGUCGGAGAACUCCCUUAUAGAAAUGGAGGUGGCAGCCAAGAUCUCCAAUAUGCAAUGGUAUGUUGGUAUACAUGUAGUGUGUACCAAAAAGAACUAUUUUCGAUGAUCUAACAAUUCAUCCUUUUGGUUUCCCCUUCUGCAAUUACACCACACGUUUAAUUUUAGUGCAUGUCUUUUCUUGCAGAAAUACUUUAUGAGCGGCAGUAAGUAUAGGUCAUCAGGUGGACAGUCACACCUCACGAUCGAAUGGACAAACCAGCACGGCUGUGGUCAUGGAGAUCUUGACUGUAAUAUCGUACUACAGUAUAUGUGUCAGGAUAAUCGCUAUGAAUCUUUGGAUGAUACGCGCCGUAAUAAAGAUAUCGAUACGAUUAGAAAUGGUAUGUUUGGAAGUGAUUGGUAAUGAUGAUAAUGAGUUAUUAAAUCUAUUACUCAAGGUAUGCUUGCCAAGCUUCAAUGGCGCCUCGUUUUCAUGUUACUUCCCCAUGCAUCAAACCUUCAUGCGCACCUGCCAUGCUACAACACGCAAACACAGAAACGAGGUCAUUGGGGCAAAAGUGCAAUAAACAGUAAAGUCGCUGAUGAGCCAAAUCAAAGGCUUAUGAUACACGGGCUUCACAAAUAAGGCAUGAGGCACAAAUAGAGACAGAAGAACGACUUCUUGGUUUUUCCUAUGAUUUUCGCGUAAUCGUAUAAGCUUUCAACAUUGAAUUUAGAUAUAGAGAAGUUCUCCAACCUAAUAACUUUAAAUAUAGAGAAGUUCUCCAACCUAAGCAAAUCGCCUACCUACCUACAGCAGGACUGGAGUAGCUUUUAGAGGGGUAGUGCUCUAAUCACUUCUGCCACCUGUGAAAAUAAAUGCAGUGUGUCAGAUGAAAACGUCUUUUUGGUAUCCGCUUACGAAUGCCAAAUAUACUGCGAAUAAAUGUUGAUAUCUAUGAUUUCUUUGUUAUAACGUUUAGGGAGAACCGAGGCUACAAUAGGUUAUAGAGCAGUCAAUAUUAACAGUAAGCGUCAAAAGAAUGACCAAAAAGCUAGACAAGCAAGACUCGAUCGUGGUAUGCAUGAACCUUGGGAAUGGCAUGACAAAUGCAGAAAGCGACAACGAAAUAAAGGUAUGUUAAUAAAGGAAAGCUAAUAAAGGUUAAGCAAGCCUAAAAAGGACUGACAAGUAUAGAGCAUCAGAUUAAGAAAAGGAAGGAAAGCUAACGAAAGUCAACGAAAGGACGCGGCAGCUUUGGGAUGGCUAAGGAACGUUAGAAAACUUUAAAGAAAACGAGAAAAGGCAACAAAAGUAGGACUGAAAGACUAAAGAAGGUCAAGGACGCUGGGAUAGGAUAAGAAAUAUUAAAUAGGGCUAGGAAAAGGCUAAGGAAGGCCAGAAAAGAGAAAUGAAUGUUAGGAAAGGGAAGAUUAGGGAAGACUAUUAAAGCGAGGCUAGGAAAGGUUCAGGAAGAUGGAAAGGCCAAAAAAAUAAAAUAAAAAAAAACGUUAAGGAUUUUUUAAGGACGACCGUCUGAGUUUUUGUCUUUUCACGUGUAGGUUUGUUUACUGCUGAUCAGAACAUGAAAGAUAAUAUAGGAAGUACUAGUACGAGACAAAAUCCGAAUGGCAACCGACAUGGUUAUGAAUGCGCUGAAGAACGUGACUACUACCCUUACUGGCACCCCACUGAUUGGAAGGACAUGGCGGUGUAUGUCACCAACAAGGCACAUUGUGCUUUUUAUGAAUAUUUUAGCUUCAACAGACAUCCAAAAGGUAGCGUAUGAACUUUCAAUGAAGUUGAAUAUAACUUGCAAGUUGACAAGAAAUCACUUGCAUUUUGAGAUGCAUUUUAAGAUCAAUGCCUUUUUGUUUAGGUGAAUGCUUGGAGCGCUACCCAGGCAAUGAUGGCUUCAAACAUUACUCGCAAUACAACAACCCAACCGAGUGUAAGCAAAGGGGCGGCGUCUGGACACUGUUCCAUAGCUUCAUUGAUUUUAAAGGAGAAUACAAAGAUAAGGCUAGCUGUGAACGCGCAUCCACGAACGAUGUUCCACUUGUCUGGGGCAUUCCGUACAGGUCUGAAUAUGUUGAUGCCCUGGCGAUUGAUAAAGCCACCAACAAACCCCAAGAGUUCUGCUUAGUACAAGCUCCUAAACUCGAUUGCCGCCUUUCACCUGUAUCUCGUCCUAAUCACCUCGGGAAUGUUAAAGAUGCCCAGGCCAUGAACUACACCUGGAUAAUUCCUUAUUUCCCGUCUCAAGUAGAAAAACGAUGUGCGGUUAGGAUAAGAUAUAAUAUUUCCACGUAUGAUUAUGAUGGGAAUAGCACCUUCAGUGAUAAAAAUGGCAACAAGUAAGUAUGGAAUUUCACGCAUACGUGACUGUACUUUUUAUUAUUGUUUCCAGCAAUUCAUUGUUUUAUCACUCAAACCAUACAUAAUCAACAAUAUUUUUUCUUGGUUAAUAAAGUUCGAAUAUUAUUAUCCCCAAGGUUAUUUGUAACUAUUGAAUGUUAAGUUAUAGUAUGCAAUGUCAUGUAAUUUAAUUAACGUGAUGAUACUUGGAUAAGCUUAUGAAGUAAAUAAAGAUGAAAUAGAAGAUCAAAUUAUUCCAGCAUGUUUUUGUUUUAAAUUCCAAAGUUCACCUGUGAAGAAUGACCCAGAAGUAAAAUUUCAAACAGAGUCAGGGAGAUAUAACUUCGAAUUGCAAUUGGCUGUAAACACAGCUCAAUUUGGAAGAACUUUUCAAGACCGGAGCCAUGUGAUGGUUCUCAUGCCACGGCAAAGCAAUGGCAACGAUAUUGCGGAUGAUGUUGCAGUAUAUAAUCUUAACGUCCGUGGUAAACGAGGAAACAUUGUUCAAGUUUAUCCGGCUGUUGAGUACGACUUCGUGCCGAAAGACUUAUCAUGUACGAGUAAUGAUGUUGUUCAUAUCCAAUGGACAGGUAAAAAUCUGCGGACUCAUAAAACUAGAGAGGUUCAGAUUUGUCGUCCACUACCGCCACCUUAAUACGCAUCUGAUUGGUUAAUUGGGUAGAUUAAAAGCGUCUGAUUGGUUAAUGGCAACGGUAGCGGUAGUGGUAGUAAGAACACCUUAUGUUCUCCAACAUAAGGUGUUCUCAGGGUGGGUUGGGAUAAAUCAAACUAACUUUUCCAUCGUGUUGUGCUCCGUGUCGUCCUGCCUUUAUCUACCGUUGACCGGUACUUGGUUUAUUUAACUACUACUGUAACUACUUUAACUACUACUGUAACUACUUUAACUACUAUUUCAACUACAAAAUGGGAAAUUAAAAGUAGUCAAGGCCUUUAUACAAAGGGUUGGUGAUAUUAUUAAUUUUAUCGAACAUGCUUCUCUGGUUGGUGAUAAUAAGGUGUUGAUGGUUUCUCGAUAUCUCCUCACCACUUUAACUGUUAUCUUAAUUUCUCACAAAUUUUAUAAUCUCUUACAUACAAUGACUUCAAUUAUGACGAUACUAACUUCACAUGUUUCGAUAGGUUCCACUCGAAAUCCUGGUAAUAAUGAUGGAGAAGGAGCAAGAGGUAUGUUAACAACACCAAUAAACUACACAACGACCACAAACAACGACGACUACAAAAUUAAGAGCAGCAACAAUAACAAAAAAUAAAUUUUUGAUCAGGUACUGACAAAAAUAACAUGGUAGAAAUCGACGACUCAGGAAUCAACGUAAAGAUUAAAAAUGAUGGCAAAAUGAUUAGCGAAGAUACAAAGCUGAUAUAUACGCCCGACAACAAAAUAAAAUCAAUGGAAGACGUGAGAGUGGCUCUUGCGACUUCAGGAUUUGAUUUCUCCGGGGGAAAACGAGGAAGGCUAGGUAAGGAAAUAUUAAUUUAGAAUUAGUUAUACCACCUUUUCAGUUACCGUAUCUAUUGUGUUGUGUCGUGUUGGGUCGUGUCGUGUUGUGUUGGGUCAUGUCGUGCUGUAUUAGGUCGUGUCGUGUUGUGUUGUGUCGUGUUGUAUUGUGUUGUGUUGUGCGGACUUUUGUGGAUGAUACUGUUUAAGAAUAUAAAAGAACUUCGACGUUUCAAGGAAACGUCCUUCGUCUGGAAGUUAGUAACCAACUACGAAGGUUCUUCGCUGGUAAUUAAUCAUCAAAAAAAGUUCCCAGUUGUAUUGGUGCCCAGCUUUGAAGAUUGUAUUUUCUUUAUAUUAGGUGUAUCUGAAAACCGGAGGCUGACUUUUCAAGAUCAACUCAACAACUCUCCUGCUUCGUACUCGGUUGCGUUAUCAUUUGCCCCUGGAUCAUAUAAGUACAUGUGCACAAGGAACAAUAACUUCAGUAACCGUAACCAAAAAGGAUCGAUCAGAGUGUCAGGCAGGUCCAACGCAAGCACCAGACGUCGCACUAGUGCUGUUGCUGCUGCCCGACGUACUGCCGGCGCAACAACAGCUCGACGUACAACUGCCCGCGCAACGACAACUCGUGCAACAACCCGCGCAACUACAACCCGUGCAACUACAACCCGUGCAACUACACUUGCUACCACGCGCCCAGCUACUACUCCAACACCCCGCCGAAUUGUAGUUCCCAGACGACGACGUAUCCGACGUGCCCGACGAACCCGGCGUUUUCGACGUUUCCGGCGUUUCCGACGUUUCCGACGACGACGACGACGACGACGUCGCACUCGUGGUUAGGCCUAUCCAGAACGCAGUGAAGUAAUUAUUAGUUUGAACAAUCUAUUAUUGAAUUUAUCCUGCACCACUUAAUUGCACAUAUUGCUUUAGAGAUUGGUUUAAACUUUAAAAAUGUAUCUACACCAUGACUGAAGGACCUUUGAAAUUGCUCUUGAAGAUGUAAUUGGGCCACAGCCAUCUAAAUUGGUUUUAGUUUUAAUUUACCAAAUGGGAGAAAUGAGUCAGAGAAUGUCUAAUUUCCUAAUUUUUCACUUUCCUGUACUUCGGCCCCUUUCGCUCGCUAGGUCACCUUUAUAAUUUAUAUACCAUCAUGCAGUGCGACGUCUUGCACUUACAUUAGAAUAUACUUCUGUAUAAGUAUGCACCUUCCUAUAUGAGAAAUAAUUGUUAAUUAAUGAAACAUUGCAAAUUUCACUGCUAAAUUUUUAAUACGAAGUCUUGAUUACACCACAUUUUAAAUAAAAGUCAAAUUUCAAUUCAGAUCGUGUAGUGAGUGUGGUUUUGUAUCUUUUCUCAUGGUGAUUUAAUAAAUUGUAUUUUGACUGUGCAUUGUGACAGAACUAUAUUUAUAUUGAUGUUGAAUUUUCCUAUCUAUGUUUUCUAACUACUUUGUGCUACGAAAUCCGUCAUAUUGUCUGCAAGCUCGACAAAUUUCAUAGCGUAUAUAAUGGGCCUGCUCAUCCAACCUUUAGAUUUGACUACCAACCGAAUUACUAUUACGACUACGAACGAGGCCCAACUAAGGCCCCUAUUCACACUUGCAACUUUUGUUGGGAGUUUCUAGUUCGAUUUUCUUCUUCCGAUACAUUAUGUAUAUGUAUCCUCAUCCGACAUUCAUUCCGCGAAAAACAGUUUUAAACUUGGAAAUUGCCGCGCCGUACUGCCAUUAGUAAAAUAGAGUAUAUACUCGCAGGGAAGCUGCGCGCAUGGUUCGUCGUGCAAGGUCUAUAGACAAUAAGAAAUCCUAUUAUGGUGGAAAUUCGUGUUGCCUAUAUGUGUACAACAUUCGGUAUUGAACAUGCCAUGCAUACUUGUAUUCAUUUCUGUCACUACAUAACCUCCCCCCGGUUUACUCGCAUGUCGAAAGAGUUCUAUGCGGUGUCUUGCAGUGCGUUGUAGUUGAAUAGGACAAAGAGUACAAAUACGCCAACAAACAUCUAGAGUUUUUAAGCUGAGUCUAUAGUUGUGCUAAUCUUUACAACUGCUGAACUGCAUGUUAUUGACAUUGACUUUAAGAGUUGAAUGAAACUGCAUCCGUCUGCUGGUGUUGACAAGUAACUCAUGCAGUACGUGUCAUGACAAGGCGACAUUGCGGGAACUUUUAUCAGUGUGUGUUUUAGUGUGCUUUAGUUUUACUAUAUUUAUGUAAUUUUAUUCGGCUGACAGUUCAAAAUUUAUCAAUUUAUCUAUCAUGUCCAAUUUAAAUUGGUUGUUUCAAAUGCAUUAAUUUAACCAAUUUUUAUUGUUAGAACGGCUAACAAAUUGGUUAAAACAACUCAAAAAAAUGGUUAAAUUUUAUAAAACAACCAAUAUUUUGGUUGUUUUGACCAAAUAAAAUUGGUCAAAAAGAAAUACAUCUAAGACAACCAAUUUGAAUUGGUUAUUUCAACCAAUCAGUUUUUACAGUGUAUAAUCUGUUUAUCUAUCUAUCCAUCUACCUAUAUAUAUAGAUUUAUUUCUAUAUCUAUAUCCAUCGAAUAUAUUUAGCCAGCUAGGUUGAGACCGCUCGACAUAUUACUGGCAAAAAAAUUAAUUUACAUUGACAUGUGAAACUUCGUGAUCCCUUUUCCCCCCAAUUCAAUAUAAUAUCAAACAAGCCCCUACUGCUUUUGCUUUUGGUUAACUGUCAAAUUGACACUUCACCUCAAGUACACAUAUAAGGUCUAAGCCCACACCACCAUUUCAUUUUUACACAAAGGCUGUAUACAUUCAACACAAUGUAUAGGCAUGCAUGUUUAUUGCACUAUUUAUUUUAUGUUAGCAUGCGUGGUGCGCAUGCACAAUAGUAACAUACAGUGCCCUAUCUCCUUCACAAAAUAUACCGACGUUUUUAAAAAUUCUCUGUCACCCAUUCACCCUUCACAAGCACCUGAAAAAUAUGCUGCUUAUUUUUAUUCGUUCUGCUAAACAUCUUACAAAACCAUUCAACACGGUCUACUGUAAACACAGUAGCAAAAACAAAACAUUAUUUUGCUUAGGAGAAAUUCGUUGUGUUUUUCAGUUAGUUCAUACAGCUGGUUGUGGCAGAGUUUGUCAUUACAGAAUUGAUUGCAAGAAAGAGGAAUGCAUGCGUGAUUGAAACUCCGGGUGAGUUAUUAUUUUCAAAACUUGCGUGGCACGAAAGUGGUGGGUGUAAGCGCAUAGCAGGAUCAACCUCGGGAAUGUUAAACUUUUAGGAGUAUUGAAAUUAUUCUUACUCACUCUCUCUUAUUUAGUUGCAACCAAACUCAACACUACUAGCACUAUUUAUAUGAUGAAAAGAAUAACAUUUUUAUUCUACCACUCGUACAGUUGUCGAUUAACAACAGACUUAGUCUGCCACUUAUAUACAGGACAGGACGGGAAAAGAUAAACAUGGACAAUCCUUGAAAAUUAGCGCCCUUCACUUUUAACGGCUCAGUCUUCCGCCUUUUUGAACGAGUAAAACAAGGUUUCGUGGACUAUUAGAUGACGGUUUAAGUGUUUUAGUGACCAUGAAGCAAAUGCAUGAAACUGAUCAUAGUGGCAAAGUUAGCCUACUUGGGAUAAAAUAUUCAUAAAAGAUACUGGUAAUAAUAACUAAUUUUUGUAUAAGAGGUAUCAUCGCAAUCGAAUUUGAACAAGAAUACACUUUGCAAAGACAUUUUGGCCCAAGAUGUUGAUUUGUAUGAUGCACCCUACAGUUUUGGUGAAAAUCUCGUGUGCAUGCCGAAACAAAAACUACAGUAUUCGCUCUUUUUGCCUUGCUGAAACGAAAUGAUAUAAAAAAAAACCGAAUAAUAUCUUAUAUUAAGAGUGUUCAAGAAUACAUUUUUUAAACAACGUGGAGGCGUGUGUAUUGUGUCCGUGGCUUUUGUAAGGGUGAUUGUACCCCACAAUAUACCCCGUGGUGAUUUCAGAUAUUCCAUAGUUUUUACCGCAUAAAACUCUCGGCCACAAGUAGAUUGUAAUAGAGCCGGUUAACACGGUUUGCCGAACGCUGGGGCCAAUAUGAAAGGGUUCCAUUCAUUCGCAUUGCUCUUCAAUUUAGUGUUAUUUCAACACGUGUACUGUGAUAUUUAUCUGCAUAACCCAAGAGGCUCGAAUGACCGCUUAAAUUCAAGAGGUACGAAUCGACGAAACGCGAAUCGCUUAUUCGACUCGCAGGUAAGUUGGUCAAUUAAUUAUUUGGUCGUUGCUGAUACCAGGGCCAAGGGCGAACUGUUGGCUAAAAUUGUUGUGGAAUAUUCAAAAUAUGCAGAUUGAAAGUUGAAAACCAAGAAAACAUUGCAUGCUACAUGAACUUGUGACAAAAAUGUUCUCCAACAUAUUGUAUACGGAAACAUUUUAUGGAAAUUUUGUGUGCUCAUCAACAAGAAUUUUUAGGAUGGGCAGACUCGAUCGAACGGCUGGAAUAUUAAUUUUACGGCCACAGCUUUUAUACUGUGUCUGUGUUUAGUUUAGUUUUUCCUAAGAUUAACUGUGUACCAGAUCAAUAUAUUAGUCAUGAACAGCCGUUGUAAUCCACACAAUUAAGUUACUGCAACUCAAUAAUUGGCUAAAUGCUUUUUCACAUAUUUGAUAAAUUCCCCUAUUUAUAUAUGCCUGUCGAAAAUUCUGAGUAAUGGCCAGCCUCACAUUGUCUCUACUUCUUUAUAGAACAACAAUAAAGGCGGUUACAAUGUUGGGGAAAAAAAUGAUCGGGCGAAUACUCUAGAAAGAAACCAGUUCAACAUGGUAAUGAUUAUUAUUAUUGUGAUUCUUGUUAUACAUAAUUUAUUGAGAUGCUGAAGUGAUCUGAAGCUUGCUAUAAGCAAUGUAGAAAGUGUAGUUUUUGCCUGUUGGGAAAGUCAGUACACUAUUUUGACACUUGUGUACGUUAGGUCGUCAUAUUAUUGUCUUGCAAUCACGCGGAAAGGUGCUUGAAUUGAAUGAACUCCAAAAGCAGUGGUGCUUAAAUUACUUUGAAUUUGUACUCGAGUAAAAGUAGAAGUAAUUAACAAUAAAACGACUUGAGUAAGAGUAAAAAGUACUGGAGGCAAAAAAAAUACUUGAAGUACAAAAUAAAAGUAAAAGUACUAUUGUCUAUAGGGGGGGGGACUUCUCCAAUGGAUUGACAUACAAAAGACACAAAACAGCACACGCAUUAUAUGCGUGCACAAUAAUUAACAAUAUUUCACGGCAUGGUCUACUUUCCAGACCCCGUUGAAGAUAUAAGAAAUCCAUUAAAUAAAUAAUGCUUAUUGAUAAGUAAGUCACAAACGAGAGAUCCCAGACGCAUGUAGAGGUCCUAUUACCUAUCCCAAAAUUAAAAUAAAUCAGGAAAAAAUUAAACAAAUGUGAGAAAGUAACGAAAUACUUCGCCACAAAAUGAAAAUAACGAAGUAAAACGUUACUUUUUAAAACGACUUCGUUCCAGGUAAAAGUACUCCAGAAAACGUUUACUUUGUUACAUGCGGACUUCUCCAAAAUAGUACUCAAGUACAGUAACGAAGUACAUUCGUUACUUGACACCACUGUCCAAAAGUCAAAUUCUGUCAUAAAAGCCCGUGACAGAAUAACACUUGGAGUUUAUCCAACUCCUUCAAAAUUUACAGUGUAUGUCACAUCGUGAAAUCCACGAUUUUGGGUGGCAAAUAUAAUGUGGCACUGUGACUAACAGAGGAAAAACACUGUCUGAGUUCGCCAGAAAAUAGCCUUUCUAAAUUCGUAUUAAUAAGCCAGCUGAAUGAAAGCGAUGAUUUGAAGCUCUUUCGAAAACCCCCUUUCGAAAACCCCCUUAAUCUACUUAAGCUGCACUGUCAAUUACAGUGUAAUUUCAAUCAUGAUUUUACCGCGUGUUUGAAUCCGAUUCUCAUAUCAAAUAAAUGAGGGAAUUCCAGGAAAUAUUUUGCAAUAUUGUGAACAAUGAAACAAAGCUAGAAAGAUCAUAGGAUACAAGGAAAUAUAUAUAAACUUGGGGAACUCCGAGUCGUCAGUGAAACAUGGUGAAAUCUUUAUGGGGGACAAAGGUGAAAUUCCAAGAGAACACGAGAAAACAGAUAGCCUUUGGAAGACGUCCUUCACAAAUCAUACACCUACUAUUAAGAGCCGUUUUGGCCAAAUGAAUAAGCCUGCAUGCAUUUCUCUCCAAUAAACCGGUGCACCACAUUGAACUGAAUAGAACUGGAACGCUAUACCUCCAACCGGAAAUUUGAAGUGAAACUUGAAGACCAGUCCCAGCCUUUUCACGCAUACGUCAAUCAGUCAAUUAUGUCAUCAACACGCGUGAUCUUACCUCCAGACAGUUUAUCAUUGAAGGUAGCGUUCCAGUGAUAUUCAUUUCAAUGGGCCACCCCAAUCAAUGAUCUGGUCUCUUGCACUUCACUUGGUGAAUAUUAGAAUGCUGUUUUUAGAGUUUGUAUAAAAAAAAAGAAAAAAAGAAACCAGAUCAUUGAAGUGCAAUAAACCAGAUCAUUGAACUCCACCUUAUCACAACCCGCACACCCGAUCACCUAUAUAUACAUGAACUUACGGUUACAGCUCAACAGCUGGCCUUCGUAGCUCAGUUGGUUAGAACGCUGCACUGGAAUCGCAGGGCCGUAGGUUUAAUUCCUACCAGAGGACCUUGUGCUGCAUUUUUCGCAGUCGUUCCUGGUCAGGUCUUAAAGUGUAUAUAUACUCACUUGGAUUAUACAAACCCUAAAAAACAGCACCCCAAUCAAGCAAUAGAUAAUCACUAAUCACCUAGUUAAGGGGCGGUCGAUCAAAAUUUGCAUCUACAAAACCUUUCAAUAUUCUGUUCUAUCGACCGAAGUCUUGUAUAGAUAAGCCGCGUUUGGACAGAACACUAUGCUAGUAAAUAAAUAUAUAAAACUACCUCAGAAUGAUCCAAUUCUAGAAAUAUGUGAUGAGCGGUCCACAAGCGGACAGUGAAGACAAGGGGGCAACCUAUUUGAAUAUCGAGUGGACAAAUCAACAUGGAUGUGGAGACGGUGACCUCAAUUGCCAAAUCAUAUUGCAGUACAUGUGCCAGGAACAUGAAGAACGUGACAUUGGCUCCAACACAAUAGUUAACAGAAAACGAAACGGUAGGAAUACAUUUUAUAUUUAAUACAAUUGUGUAAUAGGUGCAUUAUUAUUCUGACGAAAGUUCUGUAAUUGAUUUUCUGUAUUCUGUAAAGUGAUUUACAUUUUUUGUUUACACUUUGUUUUCACUAAAUGCAUCUGAUAAGCUCGCGCAAAGUGGUAGAAUUGCAAAUUUUGCCAGUAACAAAAUAAUUAUUAUUGCCCUUACAGGUCAGACGGAAUCGACACCUCGAUAUCGACGACACAAUCCAUUUACAAGUAAAAGACAAAAAGACAGAGAAGAAAAGUAUCAUUCAAGGCACAGUAGUUAUGGUCUUAAUGAACCAUGGACCUGGUACGACAAGUGCACCAAAAGAAAUCGUAACCAUGGUAGGUUAUAGCGAUAGACCCUUUCAGGCAUCAGAAUCUGUUUGACCGUAAAUCCUCUGUUAAUAUACUCCUCUCAAAUAAAAUCCCCUUCUCUAUAACCCCUGUUUUUAGACAAUAAUAAGCCCACUUCCCUUCCACACCAAGACACCUCCCUCCUCCCCGUAACAAAAGAAGAAACACAGAUUAAAUUAAUCAUGUUAAUGUUUGUCAUUCACACUAAUAAGUUAAUUCGGAAUUUCCACUGCGCAUCCAAAUCACGCAUUGUGUGACAAAUUGAAAAUGUUCUUCAAUCUUUUUGCUAAGGCAAGGUUCUGGGCUCGUUCUCCAAUAAGACAUUUCGUUUACGUGACAUGGAAAACCACAUCCUGUGUAAUAGAUAACUUGCAUGUUGGACUAAUUUUUGUUCUUGGCAAAAAAAAAGUAAAUUCCUGUAAAGAACGUAAAAUUGCAAAAUUUGGUUACGAAAUGUUGUAAAAUACGGAAAAUAUUAAAUAUCGCCUUGCGAAGUUUGCAUAUUUUGUAUUUGUACUGCGUGCGGAAAUUGUUACUAUUUUUGAGCCGAAAAUGAUAACAAUUUCCGCACGUAAUACAAAACACAUACAAAAUUUGCAAACUUUGCAAGACUAUAUUUUCCAAGCUUUACAACUGAUUUAGCAAACAAUUUUACUAAUAUGUUUGCGAUGUUACUCUGAGUGCAUAUCCACACCGGGCGAGCUUGAAAAAUAUGCCCGGCCACGGUGGGAUUCGAACCUACGACCUUUGGAAUACUAGCCCAAUGCUCUUCCAACUGAGCUACGCGGUCAGGACGGUUCGAGUAAGUGAUAUUUCGGAACAGUAUCUAGUUCCUUCAAUACCAAUGUAUUCUAGUAAUAUGAGUGAUGUAAUAGAGUAACAUCGCAAACAUAUUAUUCACCUGAGUACACAACACCAACACAAAAAAAAAUAAAAUUAAUUUUACUAAUUUCAUUAUGUUCUUUUUAGCUGUGGUGUUUGAUUCCCUUCUCUUUACUUCGAUUAAAAUUUAGUCUAACAUGAGGAACAACACAUGUUUGCCUAAGUUGUCCAUUGACAAUAAUAAACUACUACUAAAUUUCAUACUGUCGAUAGGUCUCUUUACCGCAGACAAAGACUUAUCAAGAUCUAGAAAACACGCAAGUAUAUAUACCCGUCAAAAUCCAAAGGGUACGCGGUAUGGAUUUGAAUGUCCCGAGGAACGUGAUUACUAUCCCUACUGGCAUCCGACGGAUUGGACUGACAUUGCAGUGUUAGUUGACAAGAAAGCCGACUGUUCCUACUAUCAGACCGAGAGUUUUAACGUCAAACCGAAAGGUGGGUAUAUAUGCAAGCAUGCAGGAGUAAUUAUAGAUAUUAGCAUUUAUUAUUUUUGCACAAGUGAACAAAUCCUACAAGUUGAUUGGUCAAAUUUGACGUGUUAAGCUGUUUUAGUAUUUUUGCACAAGUGAACAUAACAAAUCCUACACGUUGAUUGGUCAAAUUUGACGUAAGAAGCUGUUUUAUAAAAUAACAUGUAUAUAACGCGUAUUCUGAUUGGUCGAAACCCGUGUUUGGAUCAGGCCAUCCAAACACGGAAGACUAUCGUGUUGUUGUUAUGAUAAAACUAUUACUUUAUGGUUUCCGUGUUUGGAUGGAAUGAUCCAAACACUUGGGAAUGUUGCUCGAGUUAAGAAAAGCGGGCAAAAUCACUCGCCUUCGGCUCGUGUUUUCGCUCGCUUUUCUUAACCCUCGCAACAUUCCCGUGUGUUUGGAUCAGGCCAUCCAAACCAUAGAGAUUAUAAAUAACACUAGAGGAGGCAUUGUAAUCUUAAUUCAGUAAAAAAAAGGGAACGCGACUAUUGGGGGGGGCAAAUUCAAGUCCCGGAUGUGUAUUCGUGUUCCCAUUGGUGACGAGUUUCAAAUCAGCCAAUGAGAGCACGAUUUUAUAUCCGGGACUUGAAUUUGCCCCCCAAUAGCUGCGUUCCCAAUUUUUAAACUCGAUGCCUCCUCUAGUGUUAUUUAUAAUCUCUAUGAUCCAAACACGGAAACCAUAAAGUAAUUGUAUAAUAUUCACCUACAGGUGAAUAUAACAAACAAAACAGAAAUUUUCAAAAUGGCGGCCACCAGUUUUAUGGAAGUUUACUGAAUAUUCCCCGAUAAUCACCACGAGCCUGAGGCGAAUAAUUGUUAAAUAUUUAGAAAGGCUCAGGAGGUGCAUAUAGUGCUUUUCACGCAAUCAGUGAUUGGUUGCUCAUCUCCGGAUAUCCUAACAUUUUAUUGUGUAGGGGAAUGUAUGGAGAAAUACAGUGACGGAUCUUUCAAACACGAUUCAAAAUACAACAACGCUGCAGAGUGCCAAGGACAAUGGAUCGACUUUCACAAUUACUUGGAGAAAGCUCCGCAAAAUACACAAGGAAGCUGCGAAGCUGCAGGUAAUAAGUGGCUGUAUGCUUAUCGUUCCGAUGAAUACGAUCAAGAUAGAGGUGAAAUAAAGAAGAAAUGUGUGGUCCCACUGAAAAAGCCUGAAUGCCUCGUGGCUCCGUACUCGCGUUCUAAUCACCUUGGCAACGGAAAUGGCAUCACUCCUCUUACCUAUAAGUGGAAAUUGCCACACUACCCAUCUCAGAAGGAACAGAGAUGUUUUUUCCGAAUCAGGUAUGGUAUGCACUGAUUGUCGUGAUUUAGAACUAAAAUUGGAUGUGAUGAUUAUUAGUUAAAGGCACAGGUCAGCCUUUUGAAUGAUGGUUUUUAAGGCGCAUUUCAGCCCUUUUAAUUGAAAACACUAACUAGGAAAAUCAAUUAAGCAUCAUUCAAGAUCAAAUGCGCCUUAAAAACCAUCAAUCAAAAGGCUGAACUGUGCUUUUAAUGUCAAGUGGACACUGAAUCUGAAGGAAAAUGGCAAUGACUGAAGUCUAACCCGAAAAAACCUUAUACUUCAAGAGAAGGUUAAAGUCAGCGUAGGUGAAAGAAACGGUGACAAUCAGACAUUCUGGGCGUUUUAACCUUUUAAUUGUCAGCUUUCACUGAUUUGCAUAUUUAGUGUCUAAGACAUAAAUUAUCUCAGUUCCCUUGUACAUUGGAUUCCUUGCAUGCAUGGUAUAUUGGUAGGUUUACGCAUGUUUAUUGUUGCUGGAGUCAGACGUCAAGAUAAUGCAGUUCUUUGGCAUUAUCAUGGGGCAACCCCUCCCCUCUGUACAUUGGAUCCCUUGGUAUGGGUGCAUUUAGGAAAUACAUUUCCUUUUAUACUACCUCUAAAAUAUACAAACUAAUAUUUUGUCUGUUUUUAGAUACAAUAUUUCAACGAACGACCCACUGUAAGUUUAUUAAUUUUUCUAUCUUUUUCCGCAAGAAAAUGGCGUAAAAUAAGAAAAGUUAGUUAAUUAGAUAGAACGUUGAAGAGCUUAUAUAUGGAAUUUUCAAGACAUCUUAAAGUAAAUGUUUAUAAUCGAUCGGAAGAAAUUACAUUCAAGACUUGACGUUUCUUAAUAUACACUCAUCGUUAUUACCCAACUCAGGGGCGACGGAACAGGGGGGGCUAGGGGGGCUGAAGCCCCCCCCCAGAAGUAAAAGGGGGGGGGGGUUAGCCACCCCCCAGAAAAUUCUGUUUUUUCUGGAAAAAUUUUGAUAAUUAAGAAAAAAUUCAGGGUAUUUUUUGAAAAUUUAGGUAUAAGGGGAAAAAUUUCCUAUAUUUUGUUUAAAAAUAGUGUAUGUCUGGGAAAAUUUUUUGUUAUAGGUCCGGAAAAUUUUUUUUCGUCCCUUUUCCUGUAUAUGUCCGGGGGUCGGUGGGGGGGGGAGGUCACGGAAAAAAAUUUAGCCUGACCCAACUAUAAGUAAACCGACCGUUCUAGGGUAAAAGUGUCUAAGAAUUAUUUAUAUUGUAGAAAUAAAAUAAAGACCAACCCAACAGUGAGACUUUUCGACAAGCUUCCAUUACAACUGGCCAUUAACACAGCACAGUUUGGAAGAACCUUCCAGGAUCGGUCACACAUGUUCAUAUUGAAACCAAGAUCUAGAAAUGAUUUACCAAAUGACCUCAAUAUCCAUAAUGUCAACAUCAGAGGGAAAAGAGGAAAUAUUGUUCAAGUAUAUCCGGCUGUGGAAUAUGAUUUUGUGCCCAAAAGGUUGACGAUAUCCACCAAUGAUGCAAUUCACAUGGCCUGGACAGGUAAUAAAUCCAGGCGAAUGUUUUAUAUUAUUAUUAUAUGCGAUUAUAAUCAUUAUAAAUGUGAGUAUGGUGAUUAUGCUGAUGGUUAAUUGUGGUGAUUAUGAUGAUGAUAGCGGUGAUGACAGUAAUGAUAAUGACGAUGAUCGUGUAUAAAUAAAAUCAUUAUUUCAUAAUGAUAGUGAUUUAUUGGUAAUGUUGAUGAUUAUACGAAUCUAAUCGGACUAUAUGUGCUUAUCAUCGUUAUUUUGUGUUUAGGUGCUAACACCAAUCCUAGGGGUAAUGCUGGGCAAGGAGCUGCUG